CGGUUUCCGGUACGCUAACGAGUGGACGUUUUUUGAUUGAUCUCCAAAAUUUUACUAAAUAUAGUGCAAUAAACGGUGAACUGUGGCCCAGUGAAAUAAUACUUCGUUGCCUCACGCAUCGCGAGAAACAAUUUCAACAAAAAACACUUGACUUAAUAACGCUGUGAGUAGAAUAAUUACAACAAAAAACUACAAUUUCACUUCCAUACAAUGGCCACCAUAUUGAUAUUUGGAGUCUCAAGUGACAGCAUGUAAACAAUUCAACGUCAAGAUUCAUGAUCAAUUUAGAUAAAAGUCAAUGCUACCAAUAUAACAAAAGCAAAAAACCAUUAAAAAACAGACGAAGAAUAUAUUUUGUGUUGACAGAUACAGGGUUGCUAUACUAAAAGUUUGUAAUUCCCUAAAAAUAAGUAUUGCUACUUCAAAUAAAUUACAAUGGAGGGCCAAAUGGUACUUCUAUUGGAAAAACUAAAAGAUCAAAUGGAUCAGCAAACAGUUACCAUAACAAAUGCAGUAACAAAGAAUAUACUUGAACUAAUCGAUGAAAAGAUAAAACCUUUAAGACAAGAAAACGAAAAUUUAAAGAUGGAAAUUCACCAACUUCGGGAUAAAGUAAAGUCCAUGGAGAUAGAAAAGAAGCGAAACAAUCUUGUUAUUUUUGGGUUGGAAGAAAGUCCAGAAACAAAACCAAUAGACAGCGUACGAGUUGUAUUUAAGGAAAAUCUUGAAAUAACUUUAGAAAAACAUGAAAUCAUAAAAGCACAUAGAUUGGGACUAUGGAAGGGAAAAGCUCGACCAAUUUUGGUCAGCCUUACUACAAAUUGGAGGAAAAAUGAAAUAAUGAAAAACAAAAAGAAACUACCAAAAGGAAUCUCUAUAAAUGAAGACUUUAGUAAAGAAACAUUAGCGAAAAGGAAGGAGCUUAUCCCAAAACUACAGGAAGAAAGGAAAAAAGGACGCAUUGCCUAUAUAAAAGAGGAUAAGCUAAUUGUGAAAGAAGCAAAAGACCAAAGCCGCGACAAAAGGAAGCGGGAAAGCUCUUCUUCUCCUUCUCCAUCUGCUUCUGCAACCGAAUCAGAGAUAGUAAAGGCAGCUCCUAAAAAAAAAUUGAAUAAAAUAAAUGCUUUCGAAAAAAUGUAUAGACCAAGGUCACAAUCAUUGUCAGAACAAAAUAAAUUGUAGGAAAUAGCGCACUUUGGUAACCGGAAAGAAGACGAACAUAAUACAACAGUAACAUUAAGAUCAUAUAGCACCAACACAAACCCCCCAACCCGGUUGGUCACCGUGGGGGUUAGAGACCAUCACCCUCCAGAGUACAAAACAAAGAAAAAUAACCCAGGUACUACCGAGAAGAGUACAAAAAAAGACAAAAAAAUCUACAUAGCCACACUUAAUACCUUAUCAUUACGAACGCCAGAAAAAUUACUUGAGCUAGAAUUAUCUUUGAAAAAUAUCAAGUGGGACAUACUAGGAUUAAGCGAAGUUCGAAGAAUCGGAAACAACAUAGAAGAAUAUGAAGACUAUAUUUUUUACUAUAAAGGAGAAACCAAGGGACAGUUUGGGGUAGGAUUUUUGAUUAAAAAACAUUUGAAGAAAUACGUAGAGGAACUAAAAGGUAUA